AUGGCACAACUAAGGCUAACUAACAACUAUUUUGCACUUUUUGUUGUGCAUGCUUUUGUAUUCUUUCUCUUUACACAUAGAUCAACCGCGGUUGUAGGAGUAACUUUCAAUGUUGUCAAUUUUGGGGCGAAACCCGAUGGAGAAACUGACUCCACAAAUGCAUUCCUCACAGCAUGGGGUAGAGCAUGUAGCUCAACAACACCAUGUACCAUUUAUGUGCCACUAGGAAGGUUCUCAGUUGGUAAUGUAGUGUUUAAGGGGCCAUGCAAGAAUCAAGGCAUCACAAUACGCAUUGAUGGAGCACUAGUUGCACCUUCCAAUUAUGAUGUUAUUGGAAAUGAUGGAAAUUGGUUGCUUUUUGAUGAUGUUAAUGGAGUUUCAGUCAUUGGUGGUGUUCUUGAUGGCCAAGGCACAAGUCUUUGGGCUUGUAAGAGAUCUGGCAAGACUUGCCCAAUUGGUGCUACGAACUUGGGAUUUACCAAUUCCAACAACAUUGUUAUCAACGGGGUGACCUCUUUCAAUAGCCAAAUAUUCCACAUAGUUAUAGACCGUUGCCAUAAUGUCAAAGUACAAAGUGUUAAGGUAUCAGCUGCUGGAAACAGUCCUAACACUGAUGGAAUUCAUAUUCAACUCUCAUCAAGUGUCACCAUCCUUAGCUCCAACAUAGCAACCGGGGAUGAUUGCAUCUCAAUUGGUCCUGGAACAACUAAUUUGUGGAUAGAAAACAUUGCUUGUGGACCAGGUCAUGGAAUCAGUGUUGGAAGUUUAGGGAAGGAAAUUCAAGAACCUGGUGUGCAAAAUGUGACUGUUAAAACAGUCACGUUUACAGGAACUGAAAAUGGUGUACGAAUUAAGUCUUGGGGGAGACCUAGUAAUGGGUUCGCAAGGGACAUCCUUUUCCAACAUGUUACCAUGAUUAAUGUCCAAAAUCCCAUUGUGAUUGACCAAAAUUACUGCCCCAACGAGAAGGAUUGUCCUGGUCAGGUUUCUGGGGUUGAAAUUAACAAUGUUACAUACCAAGAUAUUCAUGGAAGCUCAGCUACAGAAGUUGCAGUAAAAUUGAAUUGUAGUCCAAAGUAUCCAUGCUCUGGAAUAAGUUUGGAAGAUGUGAUGCUUACAUAUGAAAACAAACAAACCCAAGCUUCAUGCAAUCACGCUGGAGGAAUCACUUCUGGUCUAGUUCAACCCAGCAAUUGCUUCUAA